AUGCAUCUCAAAUCCAUCCUCUUCACCCUCGCCGCAUCGACUACCCUUGUCGCCGCCGGCAGCGACUACUAUUGUCUCAUGGCGCAGGACGGCACGGGCAUGAUCCAGGACCCGUAUUGCUGCGAUAGUUUCUCUGAUACGCCGGGGGAUUCGAUUGCUAAAGUUGGGAAGAAUUGCCAGUCGAUGGAUGGACUUGAGUGGACGGAUCAGUGUCCUCAGGGUGGAACUGUGAAGUGUUGUUAUACUAUUGGUCCCCAGUUCAUCUGCACGGCAGAAGCAGAGGAGAACACGGAUGAUGAUUGA